AGGGGUCACAGUUUUUUGCUCUGUUUACGAGAAUCAAUCGCAGGGAGUAACAGCUGUGUCGUUAGAGAUGGAGGCUUCUUCCGACAAUGCACCACCAACUCAGGCUUCCGUAAUACAGAUAAGCGAGGAAAGAUUCAACCUAGUUAAAAGUGUUGGCGAGCAAUGCACACAUGAUGAUGAGCUGAGAGAUCUUCUGGCUAACAAGGCUGCUCCUGUUUGCUACGACGGUUUUGAACCGUCUGGAAGGAUGCAUAUCGCUCAGGGACUGAUGAAGAUCAUGAGUGUGAACAAAUUGACUUCUGCUGGUUGCCGAGUGAAGAUCUGGAUUGCAGAUUGGUUUGCGUACAUGAACAACAAGCUGGGAGGUGAUUUGAAGAAAAUCAGAGUGGUUGGAGAAUAUUUCAAGGAGAUCUUUCUGGCCGCCGGGAUGAACAGUGAGAAUGUGGAGUUUCUGUGGUCAUCCGAAGAGAUUAAUGCUAGGGGAGAUGAGUACUGGCCUCUUGUCAUGGACAUUGCCUGCAGAAACAGUCUCGCCAAAAUAAAACGGUGUAUGCCUAUUAUGGGUCAUAGUGAGACCGAGGAGCUGAGUGCAGCUCACAUUCUGUACGUGUGUAUGCAAUGUGCGGAUACCCUUUUCCUUGAGGCUGAUAUUUGCCAGCUUGGGAUGGAUCAGGAAUCAGUCAAUCUGCUGGCAAGAGACUAUUGUGAUGACACUCAGAGAGGAAGCAAACCUGUCAUCUUGUCUCACCAUAUGAUUUCUGGUCUUCAACAAGGGCAGACAAAGAUGUCUAAAAGUGAUCCUUCAUCUGCCAUCUUCAUGGAAGAUGAGGAGGCUGAAGUUAAUGUGAAGAUAAAGAAAGCUUACUGCCCUCCGGAGAUUGUGGAAGGUAACCCAUGCGUGGAAUACGUCAGAUACAUCAUUCUACCCUGGUUCGGUGAAUUCACAGUAGAGCGAGACGAGAAGUAUGGCGGUAAAAAGACCUACAAAAGCUUUGAAGACAUUGUCACUGACUAUGAGAGCAGUGACUUGCACCCUAAGGAUCUGAAGGACGCUCUGUCGAAAGCAUUGAAUAAGAUACUGCAACCUGUCCGUGAUCAUUUCAAAACCAAUAGUCGUGCCAAGAAUCUGCUAAAACAGGUCAAGGGCUACAAAAUCACCAGAACGGCUCUAUCCAAGGAGAUGGAGGCUCUUUCCAUCAACGCACCAAACCCAGUAUCUUCAGCUGCCGGCUUACAGAUGAGCGAGGAGGUCGAGAAAAAAUACAAUAUAGUGAGGAGUAUUGGCGAGGAGUGCAUACAAGAGGAUGAACUAAAGAACCUGUUAGCCAAGAAGCCCACUCCGAUCUGCUAUGAUGGAUUUGAACCAUCGGGAAGGAUGCACAUUGCCCAGGGAGUGAUGAAAGUCACCAAUGUGAACAAGCUGACGUCAGCUGGCUGCCACGUGAAAAUUUGGAUUGCAGAUUGGUUUGCUCAGCUGAACAACAAGUUGGGAGGUGACUUGGAGAGAAUAAAAGUGGUUGGAGAAUACUUCAAGGAGAUUUGGCAAGCUGGUGGUAUGAACACCGACAAAGUAGGGUUUCUUUGGGCUUCAGACGAAAUUAAUGGUAGAGGCGGUAAGUAUUGGCCUCUUGUGAUGGACAUUGCUCGCAGAAACAACCUCCGUCGAAUCUUGAGGUGUGGGCAGAUCAUGGGACGUAGUGAGACAGAGGUGCUGAGUGCAGCGCAAAUUCUUUACCCUUGUAUGCAGUGUGCGGAUAUUUUCUUACUGGAGGCUGAUAUUUGCCAGCUGGGGAUGGAUCAGAGGAAAGUAAACAUGUUAGCAAGAGAAUACUGUGAUGACAUUAAGAGAAAGAACAAACCCAUCAUCUUGUCCCACCAUAUGCUUCCUGGUCUUCAACAAGGACAAGAGAAGAUGUCCAAAAGUAAUCCAUCAUCUGCCAUAUUUAUGGAAGAUGAGGAGGCUGAUGUUAGUGAGAAGAUCAGCCAAGCUUAUUGCCCACCAAGAACCGUGGAAGGCAAUCCAUGUCUUGAAUACGUCAAAUACUUAGUUCUACCUCGAUUCAAUGAGUUCAAGGUUGAAUUUGAUGGCGGUAACAAGACCUUCAAAAGCUUUGAAGAUAUUUGUGCUGACUACGAGAGCGGCGAGUUGGCUCCUGAAGAUCUUAAGAAAGCCUUGGUGAAAGCAUUGAAUAUAAUGCUGCAACCUGUUCGUGAUCACUUCAAAACCAACGAGCGUGCCAAAAAUCUACUGGAACAGGUCAAGGCUUUUAGAGUCACCAGGUGAAGAUGCAAACACAGAGAAGCAAAACUUGUGUUCAUUGUUGCAAACUUUCUUUUAAGAACUUUGGUUACUUGCAAUUCUAUUUUAAGUUCUAUUUUUCUUUUUGAAAAGAGCUGAGCCUCAGAGAUUGGUGAUUAAGAAACCAAGCAGAGAAGAAUUUUAAAUUACAAUGAUAAGUGAAAAAGGACUAGAGUUUUUAUA